CUCUGUUUCAUGGUUGCAGGCAGAGUGUCCCAAUUGAUUGCAUCUUUUCAUUUAGAAAACGCGUCACACACACAGAGAGGCAAGCAGACAGACAGUGUGUCAAUCCAUUCGAGUCCUCCCCCCGUACUCCCCCACCGCCCCCCAACUCGAUGCAUUGAUACGGAAAACACCUCAUGCAGGCAGCCACACCAUCCAUGAUGCAUCCGCCAACUCAUCUGUCUGUCUGUCUGUCUGUCGAAUAGCCAGCCUGGCCUGCCUCCCAUCUGCUGCCGUGGUCAGCCAGACAGACACAAAGACAGACGGAGAGGGAGGCUGUCUGUUCAGUCGAGAGUUGAGAAAUGAGUCAGUCAGUCUACGGCUACGUCUAGGUGGUCUCCGAACGCCACCUGUGUAUCGGCCCCCAUCACCUGCCGCGCCACCCUCACUGUGGGAACUUCGCGGCUCCCUCCUUGCCAGCCACCGGCGGCUCCGUCGUCCAGAGGUGGGCGGUGGCAACGUCGGGGCAGCUGCUGAUGAUGAUGGUUGCCUCGAAUUGGUGGUCGGGCUGGUCUCCGUGCAGCACUAUCACACGGCCGAAGAGUUCUGGCGGCCGGUGAAUCGUGCUGACAGUGUGGCAGUUCCACACGGGCGGCUGCUGAGUGGUCAGCUCCCGCUGAAGAGAAAAGGAUAGAUAUGACAAUGAGUGAGUGGGGCGGCCGGUGAGGCUGUCGUGUGUGUGUGUGGCUGACUUGACUGACCAGUCGGUUGUAGCGUGGGGCAUUGUUGUGCUGAUGGACAGUCUGGUCCGCAACCACCGACGUUCCCGAACGCACCCUGAUCAGACACAUCAUGGCAGAGCGGUGCAGCCAAUGUGUAUAUGUCUUCGUUUGUAUCACUCUACUAAUCCUGCUCACCGAUGCAACACAGCGUCGCGAAUUGAAGCGUAGUCGGCACCUGCAAACGGACAGACACACACAGGCACCAAUAGCUCUCUCCGUCAUGCCCUCCCUCCCUCUCCCACUGUCAAUCUCACACACGGGGUUGUUUGGGUCGAAUAUGUUGUGGAAGGGGCUGUUGGCCGGCAGCGUCUGCAGUGAGCGGAUGGUCAGUAGAUGCCCAUUCAGCCGCUCCUCGCCGUUGUCGUCGCGCUCGAGAGUCAUGCCGAUGUGCCAGCCGAUGAGUGAGAGCUGCCGCAGCGCCUCACACCGCCCGUCGAAGACCGCCCGGCUGCCCACACCCUCCACAUCAGCACUGCCCACCUCUAUCGGCAGCCGCCCCACCCGCCGCCGACGCUCCGCCAUCCUCACUAUGGGCUCCCACCCCGCCCACUCGCCGCUCUUCUCGAUGACAUACUGCCACACACACAGGCAUGACAACAGACACACAAAAUGUGAGAGUCGGAGUGCGUCGAUGUGUGUACCAGCAGCCGCAGCAAGAAGUCCAUCGGCCGCAUCCGCGCCCGCCGCGGCACCCGAUAGCUGAAUGGAUGGCCUUGGCGACCAGCAGGCGGUCGAUUUGCGAUUUGAUGUAGUCCUCCGACACACGGCGGCUGCCGAGGGGGCAUGUGUGCCGAAAGAGAGCCAGGCCGUCAGCCCCGCACGGAGGGAAAAACAUACCCCCUGGACACGAAACGGUGUGCAUGUCUGUUUUUUUGAAAAUGUGCGGCGGGCAACCGCCCGGAAUGAAAAGAUGAGGUGGAGGCAGCGAAUAUUGAAAACGUGC